GAUGCGACUUUUGUCGCUUCCGAGUGCGGGCUCGCUGUUUUCGAAGAAUUGCUUUGGAGUACCUGGAAAUAGAAAUGAAACCAAGCGGUUGUUGUUUCAUAUUUAUCGUUCUAUAGUUUGUUGUCGGUUUCAUAGUUGUGAGAUUCUGUUAAUUUGAUACAUGAUCGGAAACGUUUGCAAAGAAUUUGUGUUCGGACGUGUAAAAAUUACUGGUUUGCAAGUUGAAGUAUUAACAUGUCAACCCGUACUACUCUUGGCCUUGGGACACUAGUUGAAGAAACGAUAUUGAAACAGAGUGAUCAGUACAAAAUAAAGACAAAAAUAAAAAAUACUCUGCAAGAAUUGACUUUCAUAAGAAAACGAUUUAAGCUACAACUUUCUGAUCCUUCGUACAAACUUCGAUAUCAAUAUGCCCUCGAUUUUUGGAGAGAAAAAACGGCAAACGAAGAAAUUGAAAAUAUAGGGGUGGCGAAUAACCUGAUUAACGAGCUGAGGGAAGAACUAAACAGUAAAGACUGUAUAUAUUCAGAAGCCGAGGAGAGCAAUACAAAUUUGGAUGGAUUUUUUUCCAAAGAAACCCCAACCAAAGCCGGCAAAAGUGCAACAAAGCCGAACUCGGUCGAGAAGCCGGUUUGGUAUGUCACUAGCAAAUGUGAAAAUAAAUUUUAUGUAAAAUCUGCGAAUAACUGUGAAGCCGAGAUAGAAAUAAAUAGGCAAGAAAUUCUGUGUAGCUACAAGCUAAUUUGUCCUGGAGAUGAAGUUAAAGUCAUUCUUCCUUGUCUUGGAGACAAACACAGCAUUCAAAUAACAAAGUAUGUAAAUGGUAUAUAUACCGUAUUCACUGUAAUAUUAAAUAUAUAACACAUAUGGGAAGCACCCUUCUACAUGCAAUAU